AAGCCUACCAUGCCUCUUGCAAGGACCGAGCUCCUUCCUUCCACUGAUUUGUGAGUGAAAGUCACUAUGCUUCCUAUGAUUUUGUCUUGCCGACUUCGCACCGCCGCUAUGGGAUCAAGAUCAUCAACACCAAUCUGCGAUGCCCUGCGGCAGUCUAUCAGUGCUGUACAGUACAGUGAUAACGUCUGUCAAUCAACAUGUCUGAUUAUCAUUUUUCAUUCAGGUCUUGUCUCUGUUGAACAUCUACAAUGUCAGAAUCAGCGGACCUGUCUUGCAAAACCUCCAACUACUGUCACUUUUUCUUUUACAGCUCCCUUUCCUGCAGUAUCCUCCUCCAUUUCAUCAACAUCAUCGACCUCUUCCACACUAAAGCAAAGACAUGCAUCGCUUGCACUUCCGUCUUUCCCCAGGCUCGUACCAGCGUGGAAUUUUCGUGACGACGCUGGCCUUGUAUUGCACGUUGCAGAAAUUUCUGCACCGAUGCCAGAACGUAAGGGAAAGAUGUGCAAGAUGGCUGGUAAUGGCGACUACCACAAAUCAGUUGGCGCUUUUAUAAUUCAGCAGAAGAAACCGCGCAAGAAAUGGUCCAAAGAAGAAACCUAAAUGCUCGUUGAGGGCUGCAACACGCAAUUGGAAGGCCAUAUCGAAAGAUCCGAAGCUGACUUUUGACAACCCGCUCACCUGUGGACCUUAAGGACCGAUUUCGCACUUA